CAGAUACUACAUGCGUUUUUUUUGUCGUUGGAAGCUGCAGAAUAUAUUGUCAUUAUAUUCAUCGCAAGACAACGAAAAGUCAUGUCUAAAAUCAUGUGAGUCACAUUCAUUACAACUUAGUCUUGGAUCACUUUGUAUAGGUGCUAUAUGUAUUGGUUUGACAGUUGGAUGGCCAGAAAUGUGUUCAGUAUACUAUGUCAACCCAGAAUAUCUAAAUACAACUUUCAUAAGUCUAGAAGAUGCUAAGACGACGACAAACUUGGUAUUAAAUCUGGGUGCUUGUCUAGGUGCGCUUUUACCACCAUGUCUUGUUGAUAUCUUUGGCCGUCGACACAAUUUUGCUAUUUCCGCCAGCAUUGAUAUUCUAUUUUGGAUUAUUCUUAUUUACUCUCAAACUUUAAUUCAUUUGAUGUUUACUACAGCAAUAGGCGGGAUAGCAACAGGAUCAUUUAUAGUCACGGUAACAGUGUACAUAAGUGAAGUACCACCUUUAAAGAAUUACGAAGCCGUUGGCACUUUAGUUGCAUUUUUUGCUUAUUUGGGGAUCUUACUGGGUACCUCCUUAUCCUUGUCGAUGCAUAAUGAAAUUACCCUAUUAAUAAUGUGUCUCUUGGCAUGUAUAUUUUUUGUGAGCAUUUACAUGUGGAUUAUCGAAUCACCAUAUUUUCUUUAUAAAACUGGCAAGACAUUAGAGGCUAAAUUGGUAUUGAAAGUGAUCAAUAAUGCAUCUCACAUUUCGGAAAUUGAAUCAGAGUACAAUACAAUAGAAAAAUUUUAUGAUUCUCAAAAUUCAUCCUCAAAAAGUUUUCUAUUGAAAAUAUGUUGCUCAAAUCUUACCAUUAAAUCAUGGAUUUCCAUUUUUAUUUUUUUUUUAUUUAUUGGUCAAAUGUUAGGUAGCUAUGCUUUAAGUAAAUAUACAGAAAAUUUUAUUGAAAAAGUUAUUCCAGAAUUUGGAAAAAUACUUUUAUCUUUUUUAGACAUUUUGUCACUAGCUAUAUGUGUAUGUUUAAUUGAAAGGGUUGGAAAAAAACCACUGUUCGUGUUGUCAGUGUGUGGAUUGAGUCUAAGUUGCGUUAUUCUUGCUGUUGAUAUCUUAAUUCACGAAAUAGUUUAUGAAAAUCUCAAUUAUGAUUACGAAGAAAUUAUAACUUUAUGUAUUGUUGUUUUAUACUGUGUGGCAUAUUCAUUUGGCAUGAUACCAAUUCUACCUAUAUUUAUAAGUGGAAUAUUUCCAAAUCGUAACAAGACUAUUGUUGUUGGUUUAUGCAUUUCCAUUUUAUAUUUAUGUGCAAUGAUAAAUCAAUCGAUUUUUGAAGUUUUAAACUCUCAAACGGGUACCUAUGUUGCAGUAACUGCUUUUGCAAUUAUUGGAAUGUUAGGUUUAUUUUUUUGUUAUUAUAUCUGCAAGUUUGGAACUGGAGGAAAUUUUCAAGAAUUUAUAAGCCGAAUUGAAAAUGCAUUAAUACUUGUACCAUGAAA